AUGCGAAACUCGCUCAGCCUUCUCGAUAAAUCUAAACGGCGGUUGUUCAGGGAUGCUUUAAAGGAGGUUAAUGAUCAGCCUAAACAUCUAUCGCCCACGAAUCACUCCGAAGAUGCUUGGGAUGGCGACGAGCAUCCACACCACACAACACUCCGUAUGCUAAUCGACUCCCGUAAACCUCUCAGAGACGGCAGAAAGGAUCAUUAUGGUGAUUCAAAGCUCAAAACCGUACAGCAGCCACUAUCCCCCACAGACAACCUGAUCCCUUCAGACCCCAACUUCAUGCCGUGGGAUGCUGAGUUCGUGCAACCCUCCCAUGCUUCACGCAGUAAACAGCCGUCUAUCUACAGAGCCCGCAAUCUCCAGUCGCAGGCGCGCCAGAAAUUACAAUCCCUUAACCCCGACUCCAAGACAAAGGCGUUGAUUCGUGAUACAAAGAAAUCCAAAGACAGACAGCGUCGUCUGGUCAAUGCGCGGGAUGGCGCAAUUGAUUACUCGUUGACGGGCAGUCUCGACGACAUACAGAACAACGAGCACCAACAAUCGCAGUUCCGCCCUCGCCCUCAGUCUCUAGAGGGAUGGCAGUCGCUUGUGGAGGUGCAGAUUCAACGCGCUCAGCGGCAAGGUCAGUUUAACAAUCUUCCAGGAAAAGGUGAACCGCUCGGGAGCGUGUCGGAAGGAAACCCCUUCAUUGAUCGCGAGGAGUUCCUCAUGAAUAGACUUAUCAGUAGACAGGGCGCUGUGCCUGCGUUCGUCGAGUUACAGAUGUUGAUGGAGGGCGAGGUGACGUCAUUGAGAAAUUAUCUGCGUGAGGAGUACACAAAGAGAUGGAGGUAUACUGGGCGCAUAACAGCAAAUGACUGCAAAAGCGACCAUGCUCCUACGCAUACACCCACGUACGUACCCCGCGAUAGAGAUUGGGAACAGCGUCAGCAAUCGUAUCACAUGAUUUUGUUGGAUCGCGUGAACGGUGCGAUCAAAUCAUAUAACGCAAUAGCACCACCAUCUACUCGCAGAGGCUUGCUGCUGCUUGAUAGUGAGCUUCAGCGCGCGAGAGAAGCUGCUGUGACGCCAUCACCGCACCAUCAUCAUCAUCACACUCCGCCAGAACAGUCGCCGAGGAGACCGCAUGGAAAAGCCAGCGCACUAAUGGGAAAGCUUCGCGAAAUAUUCGGGGGUCUAUAG